AUGACUACUGCACUGUACCUGGAGCAUUACUUAGACAGUAAGUGUUCGAUCCAUUCCUGAUUUAAUGUUAAGCAAAACUACACAUCUGUACCGUUCUAUCAAACAUAGUGAUUAAUUGAAAUUAUAUGUCAUUUACACAGCACAGUAUAUUCGCAACACUAUAAUUUAUUAUUUUUCAAUCAAUUAAAAUAAUACGAUGUAAUACGAAAUAAUACGAAAUAAUACGAAAUAAUCAAAUAAUCAAAUAAUUUGAUUUUACAAGAUGAAAACGAAUGAAAAUAUUUAUAUAAGUUACUUACAAUAACUUAUUCUCUGAAUGAACUUAAAGAUUAUAAUUUACUAGGAAUUCAAUUGAAUCUGAUGUUAGUCUGAGUCACUGAGAAUAAAUCUAACUAUUUGUCAAAUUUUAUAUAACAACUUGUAUGUAAUUUUGUGCGUAAUAACGUGAAUAAACUUAAAAAUUAAAACAUACCAAGAAUUCAAUUCAAUUUGUUAUCAGUCUGAGUCACUGAAGAUAAGCAUAAUUACCUUUCAAAUUUUGUUUCAUCAGGUUUAGAGCAUUUACCUAUUGAACUACAAAGGAAUUUUACUUUGAUGAGGGACCUUGAUGCCAGAGCCCAAGGAUUGAUGAAAGACAUAGACAAAUUGGCCGAUGAUUACUUGAAAAAUCUGAAGAAGGAAUCACCAGAAAAAAAGAAGGAACAGUUGACCCACAUUCAAAAUUUGUUCAAUAAGGCAAAAGAGUAUGGUGACGACAAGGUACAAUUGGCAAUACAAACAUACGAACUGGUGGAUAAACACAUUAGGAGGUUAGACUCGGAUUUGGCUAGAUUUGAAGCUGAAAUUCAAGACAAGGCAUUGAACAGCAGUAGAGCUCAAGAGGAGAGCAAUGCUAGUAAAAAGGGUAGAAAAAAAUUAAAGGAAAAGGAGAAACGAAAGAAGGGUGUUGCAGGUACAAAUAGCGAAGACGAGUCGAAAACAGCUAGGAAAAAACAGAAGAAAGGAUCUGUUGCCUCUGUUUCAUCAGCCGGGGCUGUUGGUAGUGGCGCUCAAGUAGAGUCCACUGCACUCGGUCAUCCGGCAGAUGUUUUAGACAUGCCAGUAGAUCCUAACGAACCAACCUAUUGCCUGUGUCACCAAGUCUCUUAUGGAGAAAUGAUCGGUUGUGAUAAUCCAGACGUGAGUGUAUAUUUUUAAAAUGCCUCUUAAAUGUUUAACGACCUUUUAGUAAUAUUUUCCUUUGACAUAGUGCCCCAUAGAAUGGUUCCACUUUGCGUGCGUUGGAUUGACUACAAAACCUAAAGGGAAAUGGUAUUGCCCAAAGUGUACACAAGAUAGGAAGAAAAAGUAAGUUCUAGAAAAUGGAUAGAUGUUCUCGUUUAUUUUAAAACGGAAGGAGAAAUUCCUGAAUCGUUUCUAAAAUUAGAACACGAUGUUUUUCAUAGUUUAACAUAAAAAAAAAAUUGUAUCAUAAAAUUAUAGAAAACAAAUGGGAAAUUGUAAAAAAUGAAAAAGAGGACAAAGAAAGUAUUAAAUAACUCGGUUUAUGUUGCAUCUGAUAUUGCUAAAAAAAAUAAUUCUUUCUUUUUAUCUAUUUUUUCCCAUGGAAAUGGAUGUCUAGUUCUACUUUAAAUACGAUUCAAAUCUUACAAAUUUCACGAAAUUUCAAUGUUACGCUGAUUAAUUUUUGUAACAUUGUAAUGUAAUUUUCACGCAAUAUAAGAUGUAAUGAAAAUGCGAUCAAUUAAGCGAUAAAGUAUUUUCUAUUUCUCUUUCUAGAUAUAUAUGAAGUAGUAAUUUAUUAUGAAUUGUUCUCAAAUAUCUGUGAUUCGCUCAAUCAUAUUAACUCAUUAUAUAAGUAUUGUAUCAAAGUAAAAAAAUUAUACUACUGUUUUUAUAUUUUAUAAAUGUAAAUGAUGAUGUAUAGAGAGAUAAUGAAAAUAAUUUCUUUUGUUGAAAUAAAAUAUGUAAAAUUGAAUUUGAUAUAUUAUAUAACAUAUUUAUUAUAAUAUAUAAAUAUAAUGUAUAUAUUAUAUAUGUUUUAUAUAUAUAUAAUGUAUGUAUUAUAUAAUAUUAUACGAUAUAAUUAUAUAGUAAUUGUGACAAAAAUAUAUUUGAUUUAUAAAAAUGAUUUUCUAAUUUCUAUUUCUACUGUAUUCAAACAUAUAUGCAAAAAAUCUUAACUUAUUCAUUACAAAAAGAGCAUUAACAUGAAAUGCACUUUAAUACGAUAAUAUUCAUUUAUUGGUAUUUCUCACUUAACUAACUGUGAAAACUAUAAAGCGUUGCUUAAAUAGAAUUAUUACAGACAUGUUGAAUAUAUAAAUAAAAAAUUCAUAAAGAUAUUUACCACCAACAAAUUUAGUUGGUAAAAUAUAA